CCAUCCAAUUUUUCUUUUCAGUGAGGAAGUGAAUGGCCCACUGAGAACGACCAGAGUAAUAUUGUCGCCGAAAAUCCCGAUAAUAUCGCCAACCAACACCAUGGCUGACACGGAUAAGCAGUCCCAAGAACAACCAAAGUCCACUGAGAACAAGGACAAGGCUGCGAACAACAGCAAGGAAAUCAUCGCGACCAAAGUAACCGGUGUUGUAAAAUGGUUCAACGUCAAGAGCGGCUAUGGAUUUAUCAAUCGAUCUGAUACCAAGGAGGACGUGUUUGUCCAUCAAUCCGCCAUCAUCAAGAAUAAUCCUAAAAAGCUAGUGCGCUCUGUCGGAGAUGGAGAAGAAGUUGAAUUUGACGUCGUCGUCGGAGAGAAGGGGAACGAAGCUGCCAACGUGACUGGCACUGGUGGACAACCGGUGAAGGGUUCCCCAUAUGCAGCUGACCGCAGGCGAGGAGGAUAUGGUGGGUACUACCGUCGAGGGAGUGGAAGAGGAGAAAGUAAAGAACAGACGGACGGAGAGGAAGGCCCGGAUGAAAAACCGGAAGGCGGCGGCGGUGGUGGUCGAGGACGCAGUCGUUUCCGCGGCGGUCGUGGAGGAGGAGGUGGUGGACGCUUCCGUGGUUACUACAGGCGAAGGGGAGGCCGUGGCGGCACACGUUCAGAAUCCCAGGGGGAUGACAGGAAGGGAGGUGAGGUGAGUGAAGGAGAAGGAAAAUCCGAGGGGGAAGGUGAACGUGGAGCCGGGUCAGGCCGUGGCCGUGGUCGAGGAGGACGUCGUGGUGGCCGAGGCUUCACUCGUCGAUUCUACCGACGAGGUGGAAACCGAGGUGCAAGAACCACGAGCGGAGGAGGUGAUCAAGAGGGAGGAGAUAGCCACCAAGAGAACGAGGGGGCAAACGAAAGUUCUGCAUAAAUAAUUAAGCAUACAAUAAUAUACCCAAUUGCAGAAAAAAAAACAUCCUAGAAGAUCACCUCAUAACAUCUACACACUAUAGAAUAACAAUCUUAAGAUCAAAAGUGUUAAGUUAAUUGUAGCUCUCCCUCUUAAAAAAUUGCAUGCUUACCGUAACAUCCGAUAACAUCUUCGUCAGCAUCAUCAAUAUCAAAUCACAAAAACAAGUUCAAGUACACAUUUUUUUGUCUACAUUCUAAAUAUUUUGAAUCAAAAUUCUGGUCUGAUUGUUGAUUGUAAUUUGUAAUAAUAUGUCGUAACGUUAACUUUGGUAUGCUCUACGUUAGAGUAAUUAUGUUAUUAGAGACAAUUGUAUCUCAUCAUGUAAGGGAAACGUAACGGUAGUUAAAAAAUAUAAUAAUGUUGUUAUAAUAAUGUUUGGAUGAUGGAUGUGAGUGAAUUAUUGUCCUUGUAUGAUAUGAAUCAGCAACAUGAGUAGAUAUAGACCUCUCCCCCCCAUAUCUAAUAUGCUUUAUAUUAUGUUAGUCACCAUAUUGGGAACACUUUGUUCAGUUUUGAAUAAUAAUUCAAAAAAAAUAUAAUGCAUUUUUACUUAAAUAA